AUGUGGGACAGCGAGCGAGAUAUGCUGACUUUCAAGAUCCGGAAGCCGCCAAACAACGUGACCCUCACGAAGCGAGCCUUCCUAAGCAUCAUCUCUAGCGUCUAUGAUCCGUUGGGACUGGUUGCCCCAGUUAUUUUCGUGAUGAAGUCUUUACUCCAAGACAUCUGGACCAACCAGGAGCGGAUCGGUUGGGACGACGUCGUACCGGAAACAUCGAGUCAACGUUUCCAUUGCUGGUACGACCAUCUUGAAAAAUUGGAGUCGCUGUUACUGCCGAGAUGCUUCCGUUCCAAACGAGGACGUUGGACUCAACAGCACCUCCACGUCUUCGCGGAUGCAAGCUCCAAAGGGUACGGAGCAGUAGGCUAUUUCCGUACGAUAUUCGAAGAUCAGUCCAUCAACGUGUCUUUCGUUUUGUCGAAAACACACGUUACGCCGGUGAAAGGUCUUACGAUUCCAUGUUUAGAGCUACAAGCCGCAGUAGAAGGUCUCAACAUCGCCCUCACGAUUUGCCGUGAGCUGGAGAUCGAUUUGCGACAUGCCGAUUUCGUCUUCGUCGACAAAGUCUUCGUCAACAACCGCAUCGGAAAGAUACUCCGAAACACAGGUCGUCGACAAUGGCGUCACGUUGCUGGAGACUUAAACCCAGCGGAUUCCUGCAGUAGGGGUAUCGACAAAAAGGACGUCAACGAAUUGGUCUACUUCCAUCGAGGACCUUCGUUCCUGAACCUCGACCCUUCAGAGUGGUACACUUGGGAAGAGAUUACGGAGCCGGAAGAACGAGACGUAAAUGUAAUUCGUGUCUUGGCAGUCAAAACGGAAUAUGAGAAUCAUGUCAUCGACCGAUGCGUCGCACGUUUUUCCAGCUUGGUGAAACUUCAUCGAGUGCUGGCCUGGAGUAAAAGAUUUGCCAACAACGCCAGAGCAAAACUACGUGGAGAAAAACCCAUGGUCGGAGAGCUAACGGUAGAAGAAAUUCCUUUCUUGGAUGAAGUCGGACAGAUGCGAAUUGGCGGACGUAUACUUCAAGCGCCGAUCGACUAUGCAGCUAGGCACCCCAUACUUCUACCAGCAUCUCAAUCCUUACCAAAAAGGAUAAUUUGGGAUCACCACGUUAGACACAUGCACGUCAAGACCGAAAGACUGCUGACAGACCUACGUUCACGCUAUUGGAUACUCUCUGGACGUAAAGUGGUAAAAUCCGAACUCAACAAUUGCUGA